AUGGGCAUCCAAGGGCUCCUCCCUUUGCUUAAAUCCAUCCAGAAGCCCACCGAGCUGAAGAAGUUCUCCGGUGAGGUCCUCGGUGUCGAUGCUUAUGGAUGGCUCCAUCGGGGCGCUGUUAGCUGUGCCAUAGAGCUAGCCCAGGGAAAGCCGACCAGCAGAUAUGUCGACUUCGCCAUGCACCGCGUCAGGAUGGUCAAACAUUUUGGUGUCACCCCAUACCUGGUCUUUGAUGGCGACUUCCUUCCCAGCAAGGCCCAUACCGAGGCAGCUCGAGCCAAGCGUCGCGAGGAGAGCCGAAAGGCCGGCCUCGAGCUCCUCAAGGCCGGCAAGCCCUCGCAGGCUCAGCUCGAGCUCCAAAAGGCCAUCGACGUCACCCCGGAAAUGGCCAGGCACCUCAUCGAGGAGCUGAAGAAAGCAGACGUCCCGUAUGUAGUCGCUCCGUACGAGGCUGACUCCCAACUUGUCUACCUAGAGCGGCAUGGCUUCAUCAACGGCAUCAUCUCGGAAGACUCUGAUCUGUUGGUCUUCGGAGCCAAGAGACUGCUCACCAAGAUGGACCAGCACGGCCAAUGUGUCGAGAUCAACCGGAGAGACUUCUGCGCCGUGCGCGAAAUAUCGCUCACAGGUUGGACCGACGACCAGUUCCGUCAGAUGACCAUCUUCAGCGGUUGCGACUACCUCGAAGGCAUCAACAACAUGGGCUUAAAGACAGCAUACCGGAUGAUGCGCAAGUACAAGACGCCAGAGCGCGUGAUCCGGAUGCUGCAGUUUGACGGCAAGUUCCGCAUCUCGGAGAACUAUCUCGCCCAGUAUAAGCAAGCAGAGUUGACUUUCGUGUAUCAACGUGUCUUUUGUCCCAAGAAAAAGGAUCUUGUCCUCUUGACUGAGCCACCUGCCUCAUCACCGUUGGACGUCGAGGAGAUGCCGUACAUUGGUGCGAGAGUCGGCCGAGAACUUGCUAGGGCUGUCGCCUUGGGAGAUGCCGACUGGCACGACAAGGACAUCGGCCGUGACAGCUACAAUGGCCCAACAGAGCAGACCAUCUCUGGACGUAUCUCGCUGACUGAAGGGAGACCGCUGAAAAAGGCACGACUUUGUGAGGACGAGAAAGGAAGUGAGACGGCAGAUCAGUCGCCUCAGAAAAGCAAGUUCUUCCCCUGUGAGCAGUCGGCCAAGCAUCGUCAGACCUUUGAUGAUGCCACUCUCUUGUCGGACGACUCGAUCGAGGAGGCUCUCGCGAGCUUGCCUGAUAUAAGCGGGCAAUGGAGCGAAACAAGAGCAUCGAGAGACCACGAGGAGCUGAAGAUCUUCCAGGACGGAACCUCUUCGGAACCGUUUGCCAUUCCGGAGGCUCAUGACACCAACGAAGAGGAUGUUGUCAGAGACAGCCCAGUCAAGUCCCAAAAGACAUCCGACGGCAUUGGAGACAAGGUGGGAGCUGAAGCAAAUGCCGGCGAAGAGGGGGGAUCCGCGGAGUCCUUGCGCGGCUUGAUCAAAGAAUUCUCGUGCACACCAGAUUUGCGGAAGACUGCAAACAAGACGCGCAUGGCUUUCGGACUUCCCACGCCGGCGUCCAGCGCCCAGGGCUCAGAGUCGAGAUCACGUGGCCAAUUGCCAGCGGAUACUCCGAUUCAAACACCUCUGCAACGUAUCGGUGCUCAGGCCCUACAGCGAGGCAAGGGCAACCAUUCGCCUUUCCUCAAGGCGAAGCCGUCUGCCGGAACACCGAAGAGGCGGCAGAGUCUGAAGGAUGCCAUAGAUUCCAUGCCGCUCAAUCCGGCCUUUGUGCCGUUGCCCAAGGUUGAUCUAGCAGAGGUUGAGGCUCUGAACAGGCCGGGCGGUAGCGAGGAUCAAAUCAUCCCGGAUCGUGACGAGGAGAAUGAUCCACCGCUUGGACUUGUCGAAGAAUCCCACCAUUUGAGCAGCCGACUGGACCUCUCGAGAUUUGUGUACGGCUGA